AUGGUGUCGGUUACAGUCGAAUUUCUCGGUGGGUUGGAUGUUAUAGUUAACAAACAGCGUAUCCACCAGGUGCAGAUCGAUGAAGAAGGUGUGGACAUGAAGAGAUUGAUCUCAUACAUAGCUGAUCAGAUGAUCACUAACAAGAACGAUGUAGAAGUGUUUCUUGAAGAUGGUAGCGUAAGGCCUGGCAUUCUCACGUUAAUCAAUGACACUGAUUGGGAGCUGGAAGGUGGAGAGGGCUACCUUCUGGAAGACAAAGAUGUUAUCUCUUUCACAUCGACGCUACAUGGAGGCUAG